CGCAUGCGUUCAGGUGCUAACGUGCAGCGAUUUGAGCUUUUGAAGUGUCUGUUUUAUUCCUAUUUACCGUAUUUGGAUGCACGUGCUUGCGACAGAUUCUAGAAGAUGCGGUCCAAAUCGAAAGCACGAAAGUUAACACAAGAUGGGAGUGAUGAAGAAUACGAGGCAGUCGAAGAUGUACAUGUGGAAAUGAACACAGUUUCCACUUCUAGCGAAAUAAAUUCCGAACACCCACCGGUCUACAUCCCGGAAGAUAUUCCUAUUCCUGAGCAGUUCGAGUUGCGGGAAUCCCAUGUUUUUUCUGGACUGGGAGUCUGGACGAGACGGCCCCUACAUAAGGGAUAUAAAAUGGGACCGUUCGUUGGGACCUUCAAAUCCAAGCCAGGCGACCCCAAUUGCUCCUGGAAGGUUUUGAGUGAAAAGGGAGAACUAAAAGGGUGGAUUGAUGCAAGUGAAACAGGAACCGGAAAUUGGAUGAAAUAUAUACGGAGUUGCACACGCUUGGAAAACCAGAAUCUGAUGGCCGUUCAGAUUGAGGAAGAUAUCUACUAUAAAUCAAUGAGAGAUAUUUUGCCCGGCGAGGAGAUGCUUCUGUACCCGUCGGACCCCAUAUGUCGACUGGACACUCCAGAUUUCUCCAAACUGGACGAACAAGGUAAUACAAAUUAUCCUUGCGAAUGCGGUGAAGUUUUCAGGUCCAAAAUCGCCUUAGCACGCCACCAGACUUACGCAUGUACCCACAGUAGCAACUUGCGGAACACCCACCAGAAAAUGUCCAUCGACAAACAUUCAGACGAGGAGAACAGAGAUUCGAAAAGUACGGUGAAUGGCGACUCUGACCUUUCCUCUGAGGCGCCAGAACCCGGGGACAUAGGAGAGUUCAAAUGUGACCAGUGUCCUCGGUCAUUCCAAUGGAAAUCUAACCUUAUUCGUCAUCAGAUUACCCACGACUCACUGAAGAAGUUCAGCUGCGAGAACUGUGACAAAAUUUUCACCGAUCCAAGCAACUUGCAGCGCCAUAUAAGAUCUCAGCAUGUCGGCGCUAGAAGUCAUGCUUGUGGAGAGUGCGGAAAGACCUUCGCGACAUCUAGCGGACUAAAACAGCACCAGCAUAUCCACAGCAGUGUUAAGCCUUUCCAAUGUGAAGUCUGUCUCAAGGCGUACACCCAAUUCUCCAACCUUUGUCGCCAUAAGAGAAUGCACGCCGACUGCCGCCAACAGAUUAAAUGUAAAGAUUGUGGACAAGCCUUUUCUACUGUUACCUCUCUGAGCAAACACAAGCGAUUCUGUGAAGGCGCACUACGAAAUGGCAUUCACCUUGGAUUUCCUUCCGACAAGAUCAGCCAACUGAGCUUGCCAAGCGCAGCAUCCCCAUCUCCUUUGAACCCUGCUCUGUACAUGGGGAUGUAUCGUCCUCCAUAUCCAUUCUACCCUCCACUUGGGGCCUCUUUUCCGGUAUUCCCAGGCAGCAAUCCUUUUACUGGCUUGAGCUCUCCAAUGUCACCUUCCAAUCCGACGAAAAUGUCUCUACAGCCGACCUCUCCCUUAGGAAAAGCUGUCGUUCCCCCACAUCUUUCAUCACGUGACCACUUGUUUGAUCGCCAUGCAGAGGGAUCAGGUCGUCAUUCCGUCAACUCCAACUCCAACGAUUCACCUUUAAGCUCCGGCAGUGAAUCGGAUCACAGUUCAGCUUCAGAUGCAGAGAGCGAAAGCAGCUCCUCCAAACGUCCGAGAACCAAAUCACCAUCAAGAGGAUCCUCUCAUCAGCCGUGGUUACCAUUCAGUCAUCAGAGACCCAUCAAAACCGAGCGACUCUCACCCCAAAUCAGGGAUCAACUUUCACCGAGUAACGAAAAAGAGGAGAAAAAUGAAGAUAUUCCAUUUGAUCUAUCCAAGACGACAAAAUCACGCUCUCCAUCCCCUGCACACUCCAGUUCUACUGCUUCACCGAGACCAUUAGGAGAACAACCUCUAGACUUAACUCGCAAAGUUCCAAAGGAAACAACUCCUCCAGAAAAUACCAGAAAAACUCAUAUAUUUGGAAUGCCAUGCUCCACACCUGAUUCCAAACUCCAUUAUGCCUAUCCACAAUUUGGUACUCCAAAUCUUAUUAUGGAUCAUCUUCGCUUAGGAAAGGAAAAAUUCCAACAAUCGCUCCACGAAGCCUCCAAAUUUAUGCAAUUCUCUCGUUUUCCUAUGAACAACUCUUCUUAUGUAGCUGCUGCUAUGGGACAAUUUGGGACCAUAAAACGUGAAAGGGAAGAAAAAAGUUUGACAUCAAUGAUGGAUAAACUACCGGACACUUUUCCGUAUUCUCCCUCUGGCAACAAAAUAAAAGAAAGAUAUGGAUGCAAGUUUUGUGGAAAAGUAUUCCCACGAUCUGCCAACUUGACCCGUCACCUUAGAACUCACACAGGAGAACAACCCUAUAAAUGUAAAUACUGCGAACGGUCAUUUAGUAUUUCCUCUAACCUACAAAGACAUGUCAGAAACAUUCACAACAAAGAAAAACCAUUCCGAUGUACACUCUGUGAUAGAUGCUUUGGACAACAGACCAACCUGGAUCGCCACUUGAAGAAGCAUGAAACUGAGGGACCAAAUGUCAGAGACUCUCCGAUUGCCGAACCCGAUCUAGAAUCCAAGGACGAAUCUUACUUCGCUGAAAUCAGAAACUUCAUUGGCAAGGCAACGGAUCGCGAACUCAGCAUCCCCGUCAUCAACGACAACCCUCUUCCGAGUAAUCAUCAAAACGCUGAUAAUCUUCCACAAGAUAAUAAAAUAGACAAUGUUGACGAUGAUGCUGAAGAUGAGGAGGACGAAGAUGAUAUCAUGGAGGAUGAAGAUAUAGAGAGUGAUAGGAUGGAUGGCAGCUCCCGUGGCAGCUCUCCAAUCAAAUAAACCCACAGUGCUAUCAACCUCAUCCUGUUGUACAUGUACGUACUCUGUAAAUUGUUUUUUUAAAAUUCGUAAUCAAUACCAAAUUCGUAAUCAAUACCAAACUGCCUAACAUUCCACACAAUAUAUUUUGGUCGGUUUGUAUAUUCUGUCUUUCUUUUCAGAUUACAUUUGCCAGACAAAGGGACCAAUUUACCAUAGCUUUGUGACCUUCAUUUCAUCACUUUUUUGACAAUUGAUUUAUUUAAAUCGUCACGUGUGCCGAAAGUUACAGGGGACCAAUUACAUUACGAGUGUUCGAACAUGAAACUCAACGUGUCUGCUUCCGGACCUUUCUGAAAAGACUGUAUGAGAAAAGACUUUUUAAAAGCGUGGCUUGUAUGCAGAUUAUGUUUUGUGUGUCACGCGUGUUUGUGUGCUUUACAGUGUAGCCAUAUUAAAUUAUUUAUUUAUUUUUCAUGUGUGUCCAUUUACUUUACAAGAAUAAACAAAACUUAUACUUCA